AUGCCUCACAAAGAUAAGCGCGAACCGAAUAAAAAGAAACCAGAAAAAAGACGCGAAUUGCGUUUAAAAAAGUUUUGGCAUACUCCAAGGAUAACCACGUCAUCAGAAGACUCGUGCGGAGCAGAAAGUCCCACAAAACACGCAGCAAGCAUAAAUGCUGUCACAAAGUCGUCGUCGUCGCCACAAAAGCCUCCCACGUGUUCGCUUCCAUUGUUACAAGUUUGGCCAAGUGCUGACUCGCCAAGAGGAGAAGCCGACGGUCAAAGUUUUAUCUUCCCCAUUAUCCAAGAUGAUCAACAUCCGAUUGAUCGUCGUAACUCAUUGUUCUGUGAUCAAUUACACGCUGGCGGCGGCGGCGAUUCGGGAAUUGAUUCGAUACAAGCGUCGCCAUCGCCCGUAGCAUUACCUGAUAAGAAUUCUCCGAGCACGACGCCAAUUGGGUCUCCGAAUCCCUCAAUUGGCGACAGACGACACAAUAGAAGACCAUCAAGUGCACUUUUACAUCCAGACCAUGCAAGAUUAUUGGCCUUGAGACAACUUCAUACAUCACCGGAUAAUACAUCGAUAGAAGAUGCGAACGAAUUUACAAAUGGAAUCAAUAGUAUUCAAAUAUGUACAGCAACAUCGUCAUCGACAUCAUCCCUGAAUUCGAUAGCGCAAGCUUUGAGCAUAUCUGGAACACAUCAAAGACUGUCAGAUCCUUGGUUACACACGCAACAUCACAGUUUAGACAAAGAGCAGCAAUCCACGUCGCAGCAACAUCAACUCGAACCGGAGCGUCGUCGUUCUUCGGGUCUUUCAGGCAGAUUAUCACUUUUCGACGCCCUGGAUCUCGAAUACGCCCUUUUUCGUGCUGCUGCUCGCGGAAGUGUUGGUCCAUAUUCGCUCACGGGAUCUGUGCACAAACUAACUUUCACACAAUCCUUGGCAUUUCCGAAUCUCGCACGAAACAUGGCAACGAAACGACGUUGCUCGCCAACGCAAGACGCUCACGCUCGACCCCUGAAUCCGAACGAAAGCGGCAUCAAUACGUGCGCAAAAAUCGCAACCGCCCUCAUUCUCGUGGCAAUUAGCUUUUUGGUCUUUUUCAUAGUUUUCAAGUACGUGAAGACAUGA